AGUUAAGCAGCACGACGAGGGCAACUCCCCCAAUUCAAGUCUGUAAUUUCAUUUCCUGCUUCCUUUCUACCUCCUUCUGGUUCGUCAAUGGAGAUUUCAUUUCCAACAACUCCGGCGGCCGGCUAUUUUCGUUCUUCGACAGAAACAUCACUGCUGCAGAGAAUUAAGCUUCCUUCUUGGCAUCGAUAUGGUGCAUAUAUUUCAUUGAGUCAAAGAACCAAACAACCGUUAUUAUCGACUAGAGCUGUUUCUCCUGUUCUGAGAGAGAGUCGCUUCAAGGUUUUAUGUAUUCAAAAUAAACAAGUUCCAGUCUUGGAAGCCAGGCAUAUUGUGGGUUUAGCUGGUCCUCCGGGUGCUGGGAAAAGUACUCUAGCUAAUGCAGUAGUGCAACGUGUUAACAAAUUAUGGCCUGCUAAAGCUAAUUCUUUUGAUUCUCAAGUUAAGCCUCCAGAUGUUGCCAUAGUUCUUCCAAUGGAUGGGUUCCAUUUAUAUCGUUCCCAGCUGGAUGCAAUGGAGAAUCCAGAGGAAGCCCAUGCAAGGAGAGGAGCUCCAUGGACUUACAAUCCGACACUACUGUUUAAUUGUUUGAAGAAUCUGAGGAAUCAGGGAUCUGUUUAUGCACCAUCAUUUGACCAUGGUGUUGGUGAUCCAGUUGAAGAUGACAUCUUUGUGAGCCUUCAGCAUAAGGUGGUUAUUGUAGAAGGAAAUUAUCUGUGUUUAGAAGAAGGGGUUUGGAAGGAUGUAUCAUCUAUUUUUGAUGAGAAGUGGUAAGGAUUAAGUUGCAAGUUAGAAACUAAUGAACUUAGGUUAACUUUUGUAGCAUAGCAUCACAGGUUUACCAUUAGAUCUAGUAUUUAUACUAUAAACAUGGUGCCAUUUCAGCUAAAUAUAAAUAAAUAAAUAAAUAAAAACAAACAAACAAACAGGGAAAAUGAAAUUCGCUUAGAACUUAAAAUCUUACUUUCACUUUUCUCAGUUUCUGUUUCACAGGGUGGUAUGUUCUGAUUUCAACAAUUUUUUGAAAACUGUGAUACUUUAUGAGUUAGAUUUUUUCCUUGAGACCAGCAUACAAAGAACAUAUUGCAUGUUGGUUUAGAUGAUUAUUUUCUUACUAUAGAACUUAGAAAGGAGAAAAUGUACACUGUCUUUUCAUUUGCUGUUCUUGUUCCUCUUAACCAUAGGCAGAUAAAAAUAGUUUGUGUUAAAGUUUACAAGAUUUGAGUUGCCCUCUCUUAAUAUUCACUUCAUUUCGUCCAUUUUUCCAUAGUAUGUUAUCAACUAAAAGUUCUUUCAUCUUGGAUUUAACAAUUAUCUCCAAGUGCCAUAGUCUGCAUGUGAUUGAUCCAAGAUGCAACGCAUUAGACUCUUAUCACAUUCUAGUUUCUGGAGAAUUUUAUUUUUGGCUGAAUCUCUAUUAUCUUUUAGAUCGAUAGUUUUUCCAUUUUCUU